AUGAACAUCACAGACGUCCUUAGUGCUGACGACAUUGCCGCAGCCCUGCAGGAGUGCCAAGACCCAGAUACUUUUGAACCCCAAAAAUUCUUCCAGACAUCGGGCCUCUCCAAGAUGUCGGCCAGUCAGGUGAAGGAUGUUUUUCGGUUCAUAGACAAUGACCAGAGUGGGUAUCUGGAUGAAGAAGAGCUUAAGUUUUUCCUCCAGAAGUUUGAGAGCAGCGCUAGAGAGCUGACAGAGUCAGAAACCAAGUCCUUGAUGGCGGCUGCGGAUAAUGACGGUGACGGGAAAAUCGGGGCUGACGUCACUACUUUCCUGGCUGACCCUGGGAGCUGA